AUGAUCCCUCCGGACUCCGAUGAUUCGCCAUUGAAAGCCUCUGGCAUGGGCUUUGGCUUCACCCACGAGGACUCUACCGCUAUAUUAGAUGAUUUUGAUACCCAAAGCCAUGCAAGCUCCCGCGACCCCGGUAGCACACAGACCGUUGACCCCGCGGCGGGCCCCGACAACGGUACGCUAGACAGCCAACACGAUGCCACUACCCGAGACGAUGCGGGCGCAGACCCAAACUCGGCAAGCGGGGACCCAGCAGAUAAGCCCCAAUGGAGCGAACUGAAAACCAAAGCUGGUAAAGAGCGGAAGCGAUUACCGCUGGCUUGUAUCGCAUGUCGGCGCAAGAAGAUUCGGUGCUCGGGCGAGAAACCAGCUUGCAAACACUGCACGCGCUCACGCAUACCUUGCGUAUAUAAGGUCACCACGAGAAAGGCUGCGCCUAGAACAGAUUAUAUGGCCAUGCUAGAUAAGAGACUGAAACGGAUGGAAGAUCGCGUCAUCAAGACGAUCCCCAAGGAUGAGACGAGAGACAUGGCCUCUAUCGGCAGGUCGGUGGUAAAGCCUUCUGCACCAGGUCAGUCUUCAAGACAACAGAAAAAGCGCAGCGCAGAUGAGGCAUUUGCCGCAGAAAUGGAUGACUGGACCCGUGGAGAUCGCCGUCCGCCCCCGGAUACGUUCCCCAUGAAUCGCGACAUCAAGUCCACCGAUGGGUCGGGACUUUUGACCGAGGGAGCGGAAUUCUUGCCUUCGCUGGAGAUACAGGAGCACCUCGCCGAGGUAUUCUUUGAUUGUGUAUACGGGCAAUCUUAUCUCUUAUUACACAAACCUAGCUUUAUGCGGAGGCUCAAAGCUGGAACAGUCCCACCAGUAUUAAUUCUUGCAGUUUGUGCUGUCUCGGCUCGAUUUUCAACGCAUCCACAACUCAACUCAGAGCCCCCUUUCUUACGGGGCGAGAACUGGGCCAACCCAGCUGCAGCUAUCGCGCUAAGUCGACAUGACGAGCCUAACAUCACCAUUCUUACGGUCUUUCUUCUCUUGGGUCUUCAUGAAUUUGGAACAUGCCACGGCGGAAGAAGUUGGUCAUUUGGAGGACAGGCAUUAAGGAUGGCCUAUGCCUUGCAGCUUCACCAAGAGCUUGAAAGUGACCCAUUAAUUGGCCAAGGCAACGGAAAUUCGCAAUUAAGCUUUACCGACCGGGAAAUUCGACGCCGAACGAUGUGGGCAUGCUUCUUGAUGGACCGAUAUAACUCCUCGGGAAGUCAACGCCCUCCUAUUGGAAACGAGAAAUUUUUACAUAUCCAACUACCCAUAAAAGAAACUCAUUUCCAAAUGGAGAUACCUGGGCCCACGGAGGAUCUAGAUGGGGAUAUCUUAAAUCCAACACCCGAAGACUCCGGCCAAUUGUCAAAUGCCAAAGAUAAUAUGGGCGUUUCGGCAUAUAUCAUUCGUGCUAUUGUUAUCUGGGGCCGCCUCGUUGACUACCUUAAUCUUGGGGGAAAGAGAAAGGACACACAGCCCCUUUGGCAUCCCGAUUCGGGAUACAUGCGAUUGAAGCGACAGAUUGAAGAGUUCUCUGCUUCACUACCCGGGCAUCUUAUCUUCACAUACGAGAACCUGCAGAUUCAUGCUGCCGAGAAGAUCGCAAAUCAGUUUUUGUUUCUCCAUAUAAUUAUUCAUCAAAACAUGUUGUUCUUGAACCAGUUCGCCAUCCCUCUGUCCCCUGGAGGACGGCCACCCAGGGAUAUGCCGAAGCCAUUUUUAAGCAAUGCUGGCCGCGCAGCAGUUGAGGCUGCGCAUCAUAUUUCAGUCCUUUUUGACCGAGCUUCAGCGUAUCCACUUACAGUACCUUUUGCUGGUUAUUGCGCAUACACAGCUAGUACAGUUCACAUCUGGGGCAUAUUCUCAAAAAACCCGCAGCUUGAAGCUCGGUCCAAAGAGAAUCUCAGACAUACUUAUCGGUAUCUCAACAAGAUGAAGAAGUAUUGGGGAAUGUUCCAUUAUAUGGUUGAGAGUGCCAAGGAUCGGUAUCGGCAGUUUGCAGAUGUCGCUAUUAAGGGAUCUAUAGCAACACAGAAUGGUACUUCGCUCGCUCCAAUGUUCCAAUACGGUGACUGGUUUUCCAAGUAUCCCCAUGGCGUUUCACGACUACACUGGGAGGAUCCAGAUACCCGGCAUAAGGAAACAGGCGAGGAUGCAGUGAUGGGCCAGAAGCCAGACCUGCAAAGCGUGGAAGAUUUUUUCGCCAGCCUUUCACCAACGCCACAGCCCGCUCUGCCUCGCAAAGCACGAUCACGAAAGAACAGCAAGUUGUCAGACAGUACUUCCAGUAUCGAUCAAACAUCUCCAUCACAAUCUAUGGAAGUCACUAUGGGAAACACCCCGAGCAUUCCAGGAAGCGCAUUUCCCCAGCCAUCCGUCUUCCCACCAAAUCGGGCUAUGUCAUUCAGUCAAUUCGACUUCAACGUCGCACCGGACCAACUACCACAACUUGAUCGCCAAUUUGUCUACGGCUCAUUUUCGGACUUCGAUCCUACAAAUUUCAUGCCUACCAAUCCUCCGCCCAUGCCUCCGCCACCUGUGAAUGGAGUCGAAACGCAUAGUGCAGAUCAAUCUCUUUUCAGUGGCCAAUUAGAUCCAGGUGCUCCAUCUGGAACAGGUGAAUACUAUCAACCUAGCGCAUGGUUCCUUCCAUUCAAUCUAGAUCCUAUGGGUAGCAUGGGUGCUCCGCCUCCUGGGAAUCCACCUCCACCAGGCCCCCCUCAGGCUUCGGUACCGGGUACCGCCAGUGGGGGUGGUGCUCCAAAUGUCUCUGAUAUGUCUGGAUUUGGCGGAGCCGGGAAUCUACCCUUGAGUGCCUACGAUCUAGGUCUGGGUGGGCCAGAUAUGGGUCAAGACUCGCGAAAUGGAUAA